GCCGACUUGUUCUUUCUGUGCAAUUUUUUUCGCUUGAACCGUAUCCAAUACAUUUUGUCGAGACGGAACGAAGAUUUUUUGGUGUUCUUGUUCUUGACCUUGACUGGCAUCAAUCAAAAAUCCCUUGGUGAGGCCAAAACUACGUGGUGGACGCGGUACAAAAACAGCAUUCACUGUUUCCCCUCGAAUCCCAAUACAAUACAAACCGACGCUCUUGCCAACUAAAUCAAAACCAAAUAGAUCCAUACUAACACACUCAAAACCAUGAAGCUCUCCGUCCGUAUGCUCGCCACUUCGCUGCUCGUGGCCAAGGUGUGGUCCGCAGAUGAUGCCAGCGGCACAGAUAUCCUCGGCGAGCUCAUCAGUGGCGUGAACGAAACCAUCAAUGAACUCAUGGACACCCCGCUCGUCAGCUGUGCCAUGGACGACUACGAGCUCUGGACCGACAACCAGGCCCUGGAGGCCGCGGUCGACGACUACUGGGGUUCCGAGGACUACCAUGAAUCCGCUGCCGCGGUCAUGGGUUCCUCCGAGGAGCACUACACCAUCUCCUAUUCCGACGAGGCUACGGAGGCCUACAAGCAGGCGUGCAUCUCCGCGGGCGGACUCUGGGACGCACUGCCCGACCAGACCGUCGACUGCACCUACGACGAAGCCGGACACACCCACACGGUCACCAUUACCACCGUCAACUACGGGGGAUGCACUCCCGACUCGGAUGCAUGCAGGACAGUUAAGGGGCAGUGGGAAGCCUUGGUUGUGUCGUUUACCGAACUCAUGCUGGACGAGGGCUUGAAGUGUACACUGAAAGAACCGGCUGAUGACGUUGUCGAUGCCGAUGUCGAUGCCGAUGCCGAUGCCAGUACCACCUCGGCCGCUCCCUCGGUUGGUGCCUUUGCCUCGGCCUCGAUUGCCGCCGGUCUGGCUGUUGCUAUGGUCUUGUAGGCUACAAGAGCAUAAACGACAAGACAACCCAACGGCUUCUUGUCUGUCACUGAUUCCGUUGGAAGAAGUGUUGUUGUUUCCGUAUGUGUUGGCUUUGUGACUAUGUUUCAGUUCUAUGUUAUCUUUUCUGCUAUGUAUCCCGUCCCAUAUUGAAUAUCUUUACACGACUAAGGUGUGUCGGUCUAUUCAAAUGCGAUGGUUUGGUCGGAUCGAAUCGAUUAUAGUGAAUAUAUUUAAGAAAUAUUGGAAUAAUUAUUUAAAAAUAAC